GCUCGCGCUGCCAUAAGCGUAGCAGAGCGCAUGCGCACGAUGCGCAGUACCAUAAGCUAACUCCAGUGUGGAAACAUGCGAACAGAAACGAUUCAAUCAGAAAAUCAUCAAAGUUUAAGUUUGUUUCAAUGCGUUGGUUUGGAUUUGGAUUUAACGCAUUUGGACAGAUAUAUGAUCAUGACAAGUUAUCUAAAUCAGAGAAAAUCGGCACUGAUGAGGAUGUGAAGGUUAGUAGCCCUUUAGAGCUAACCACAGGCACUGACUGUUGCUCGAAAAGUGUCCGAAUUAAAGCAAGCUGGAGUCGAAGAGCAUCCUUACACCUGGGUGGUAAGUCUGUCAAAGAAACCUCAGCAUUUAUUACAUUUACUAGAGUCACGUAUUUCAUGCAGACAUUCACCCUGUUUUUCUGUCCUCUGUCUAUUAGGUGAAAGCUGUCUGUGUCUGGCAGGUUUUGGUGCUGUCACUUCCACUGAGUCCAGUGGUGCCUUAAUAAAACACAGCCGUGGCUGUACCGAUGUCUACAUCAGUGAAUCAUACUUAACUCUCGCUUUUCCGGACAGAGUUGAGGCCUGGGAUCUACAGAAAGAAGAAAAGACUCCAUCAUGGAGCGAGGAAAUAAGAUCACAAUCAGAGACCUCAGGUACCAUAAUGUACUUUGACAAAUAAAGUAUUUAGAGAUAACAGACUAAACUAUGCACUUGUUUUUUUUCAGGACCCCCUUUAAGUCUUCCGCUGGUCUCUGGGGGUUACAUUGCCAUGAAACCACCUCUCUACCGGUCCUUAUCACCACACUUGAAAGCCAAGAGUCUGGCAUUGAGUGCAGCACAUGCCAUCCUCCUCACUGCCUCUGGAGCUGUGUUUACAUGGGGGUUGGGCAGGUAGAUCUACUCAACAUCCAUCCUUAUAGACAACAUCAAUAUAUUUAUGCAGAUCUUGGUCUUGUGCACAUGGAUGUGUUUUCUUUUAUAGCCAUGGUCAGCUUGGGCAUGGAGGCCUCACCUCUGAGGAGGAGCCCAGGGUAGUUGAGGCCCUCUGGGGGAUGUCCAUGACCUCUGUUGCAGCAGGAGGCUGGCACUCUGUCUGCAUCAGUGGUGAGUAAUCUAGUAGCUAGUUAAAAGGGUGAUUGUACCAGAUUGACCUUAAAUAACCCUACAAAACCUUUUCUUUUACAGAUGGAGGCGACCUGUAUGUGUGGGGCUGGAAUGAGAGUGGGCAGCUUGGACUCCCCUCACGCGGUUUGAGGAAAGCUCUGCAGCAGCAAGAAUCAGGUACACCUGUUCUCUUACUAAAUUAUAGGGAUUUUUCCAAUACUGAAUAAACCUGUGCUCCAACAUUAACAACCAUUGUUGCAAUAGUGCAGAUCAAGACAACAUUGAUAUAAAUGUCAUGUUGCUCAAUAUUGCAACCAAAAGUAUAGACAGUGUGAAUAAUUUGCAUCCUAGUUACUCUCCCUUAACACUAUUUUAACCUAUGUUUGCAAUGUGUUUCCUACCAAAAAUUCCAAAAGCGUGUUCAUUUUAGAAACAGUCUUUAUCCAACAAGACAUCACUGUUGAUGUUCUGAAUUAAUUUAAUGCAGUUGAGGAAUUAUCAACUAGAUGUUGUCACUGUAGAAAUCUGAAAAUGUUUAUAGAUGCACAAGUAUGUUGUUUGAUGGUAUUUGGGUUAUUGGCGAUUCUUGGUUUAAUUGUUGUAUUUUUAAAGUGUUUGCUGUUCAUAGUAGUAACAAGAUAAGUAGCUCUAUGCAUAAGUAGCUCUAAGUAUUGAAUCUUCAGAAGCAGGUGCAUCAUACCAACAUACUGGCAAAACAACUGCUGAUGAGCAACAAGAGGGAGAGAAGAAUGAAGAGGUAUUCAUAUCCAUCCAAGCAUUCCCAGCUCUGCUGGAUGUCACUCCAUCAUGUGAGGUCAAGACAGUCAGCUGUGGCAGCAGACACACUGCUGCUGUAACUAGUAAGAAAUCUCACUUGACAUUUGAUGUAUAAUUUUUGAGCUAGCAAGUUUCUUAGUAAUCUUUUUUUCUUUUUUUUUUCUAAUUACAGCCAGUGGUAACCUCUACACAUGGGGCUGGGGUAUGUUUCCUUUUUUGUGUAAUAAACUAAAUUGAUGACCAGAUAUCUACAAUUAGUAGCAUAUGUAACAUCAAGAUGUGAACAGGUUCCUGAGAGUACAAAUUAAGUUUACGUAAUCUUUGUUCUUCCCUUUUUUAACAAUUUUAGGUGACUAUGGCCAACUUGGGCACAAGAAUCUGGUCAGUUCAGAUGAGCCACUGUGUGUGGAGUUCUUCAAAGAAAAGCAGAUGUGUGUUGUUGAUGUAGUGUGUGGGGCAUGGAACACUUUUGCUGCUGUUGUCAAGAAGGAAGUAAAGAUUAAAUCUUGAGACUGAUAGACUUGGACAAUGGACUUUGGACAAAAUACCAGGAAGUGUAAGCUAUUACAUCAAAUACAGUGAUUUGAAUUGAUUGUAUUUUGUACUCAUGAAUUUGUUGAUACUCUUAAAAAUAAAGGUACUCAAGAUCUUAGAAA